AUGUCUAGUGAAAAAAAAAAGAUAAAAAGGAUUAAUAAUGUUUUGGCAAAACGGGUGACUUUUUGCAAGAGGAGAAAAGGAUUGUUGAAGAAAGCCAAAGAGCUCUCUAUACUUUGUGAUGCUGAUGUUGCUCUUAUCAUCUUCUCUUCUACAGCCAAAGUUUUUCACUAUUGUAAUUCCAGCAUGAAAGAAAUAAUUGAAAGAUACAGACUACAUACUAAAAACCAUGACAAGCUGCUUGAAGAAGAACGUCCAUCACAGCAGCUGGUGAUCGAAGACGCCAAGUAUGCUAAACUAUGCCAAAAAGUUUCCGACCUAACUCUUCAGUUAAAAGAGUUAAGCGGGGAAGAGCUCCAUCAUUUGAGUAUCGAAGUGCUGCAUGAGUUGGAGAAGUCUCUUGAAGAUGGCAUGAGCCGUGUCCUUUUGAAAAAGGACGAGGUAAUUAUGGACGAGAUUAUCCAACUGCAAGAAAAGGAAAUGAAACUGACGGAGGAAAAUAUCCGACUUAGACAAGAAAUGGCGAAAAGAUGCACUGCUAGAAAACAAAUUUACACAUUGACUGAGAGAGUGGCA